UAUGUAAGGCGCGUUCUUAUGGACUGCACUCUAUUUUGCUUCGGCUUCUAACCUAUCUGGUCCGAGAUUAUCACUGAAGCCACCUGGAUGGAAUGCUGCUUCCGUUGACGAUAGAGUGGCAAUGAAGCCCUUGGACCGAGCAAGCAAUGAGUAUCGAUUUGCCUUCCACUUUGGUUUGCAUAUAUAUUGGGUUUAUCUCUCUCUCCGUAAGUGGUUUUCUCUCUCUCCAGGUUGCUACGGUCUCUCUGUCGUAUUUCCUCGUAGAUCCUCCGUCACCAUUCAAUCACCAUGGCCCGACUUUCAGCCCUCAGCGUCCUUGUUGGGGCCUUGUCUCUCCCCCUCGCCCUGGUCAAUGCCGCUGCGAACCAACUCGAGAAAGUGACGGUCAACUUCGGGAGCAAUCCCACAAACGUCGGUUUCUACAUCUACGUUCCGACCAAUCUCACCUCCAACCCGCCAGUUCUCGUGAACCCCCAUGCCUGCCACGGCCAAGCAAGCGAUGCCUUUACCGGCUCCCAAUACGCCACACUCGCUGACGAAUAUGGCUUCAUUGUCAUCUACCCCGACUCCCCGAACGAGGCCGACAAGUGCUGGGACGUCUCAAGCUCGCAGACGCUCUCGCACAACGGUGGUGGUGACAGUCUCGGUAUCGUGAGCAUGGUUCGAUACGUGCUGAACAAGUACAACGGAGAUGCCAACCGCGUUUUCGCCACCGGUGUCAGCAGCGGUGCUAUGAUGACGAAUGUACUGUUGGGGAGCUAUCCGGACGUGUUCGCUGCCGGGAGCGCAUUUGCUGGUGUGGCAUUUGGCUGCUUUGCCGGCGACGGAUAUGGCGUGUGGAGUGAUGACUGUGCGACUGGCAAGAUCAUCAAGACUGGCAAAGAAUGGGCGGCUAUCGUGAAGGCGGCAUAUCCUGGCUACAAGGGUUACAGGCCCAAGAUGCAGGUUUUCCACGGCACAGCUGACACGGUUCUGUAUCCACAAAAUCUACAAGAGGAGAUCAAAGAAUGGACCACGGUGCUUGGGCUACCUAAAUCUCCUAUUAAGACGGUACUUAACACGCCAGUCAGCGGCUGGACCAAGUCCAUCUAUGGCCCAACUUUCGAGUCAUACUCAGCGGAGGGUGUGCCUCAUAAUAUCGCGAAUCAAGAACCGACAGUAAUGGCUUGGUUCGAUCUCGCAUGCACCGGAACCAAGUGUUUCUCAAGGACUAACUGUGAGCGACAUUGAAGCUCCUUGGAUUUGCCGUGGUAAAAUGAGCUCGAACUUAGAGAGUUCUCCGCUCUGUACAUAGGACCAAAAUAUAUGGAGCGUAGCAGUAUUCACGAUUUUUGUCAAAAUACUUUCAUAACAACUAAGCCAUUAUUCAAUCAGAG